AAAAAAAAAAAAGAAAAAAAAGAAGGGAAAUAAAGAAAGAAGAAGAAGAAGAAGGUUUCUCGAACCUUCUUCUUCUUCCUCAUCAAUCUUUGCUUCUCUCUCUCCCCAACCAGCCUUCUUCCUUCUCAGCCGACAGCCACCUUCUGCUUCUUUCUCCGAUCACCAUCACCACCAUCCUCUUACCGAUUUCAUCAUCAACAUAGUCGGCAACCACCUCCUUCCUUCACCAUAGCCGGCAACCACCUCCCUUCUUCAAACCCGCCGGCAACCCUCUCCUUCUCCCAUCACGAUCAAGCACCUCUUCCAUACCCAAAAUCUUUUCGGACCAUAACUUCUCUUUCUUCCUCCGGUUUCCUCUUCUUCCUCCUUGAACAGCCGACAGCCACUCCUCAAGAAAGAAAGUCACCGUCGACCUUCUACCUCUCCCUCCUUUUUCCUCUCCUUUCCUUCUCUCAGCUGCUCCCUCGCAUGACGGUAUUUUUAGCCGAACUUCAAAUCCAGAAUUGGAUAGAUCCUCUAAAGCCUUCGUCGAGCGCUUCCACAGAGCCUUCAACGCGGAUUGUUCAGGCUUUGCAAAUUUCUGCCAAGGAGAUUUUGUAUUGUUUUUCAAAGGACAGAAGAUCUAAGGCUCGCCAAAUGUCGUAGCCGAACUCAUCAACCAGAUCCAUGCCGGCGAGUAAGCACCGGAAUUGAAAAGGGGAGAGCUAGAUUUGUGUAUUGGUGACGGAGGUGAUGUACACGCGAAGCUCAGGCGACUCAGCCAGAUCUCAAUCGUCAUCCAACUGAAACAGAUCUGCAAACCAAAUCUAUGCCAGCUACAGAUCACGAAUGGGUGACAACAGGAUGAAUUGGGCAUAGAUUAAGGCCCAAAUACAUUUUGCAAAUUUUGGCAGAAGGGUAAAGAUCGGAGAGGCCCAAGUGCAUUUCGCAGAUUCUGGUAGAAGAUAAAGAUCGGAGAAGCGCAAAAGCUAUGGAUCCAAAUGGCCCGGAGAGUUAUUUCUUGAAUGUUCCUUUUAGGGUUUCAUUGUUUGGAUAUAAAUAGAGGGCUUUAGGCUAGAAAUAGGGGGUUCUUUCGGUUGAGUCUUGAAACAGAGUAAAAGACCGUAGUUUCUUCUCAUUAGAAAACUGUAUAUAUAUACAGAUAAUACAAGGCUAAAUGACAUAAUUACCCUAAUACGUAAAUAUAUCCAAUCAUCCCCCUCAGUUUGAGCGGCAUGAGAAGGAACGCUCAAAUUGGUACGUAAUGAGCUAAAUUGUUGAAGUGAAAGUGCUUUGGUCAAAAUGUCAGCCCAUUGAUGACAAGUAGGAACGUGGUGCAUUUGAACAAGUUGAGAAGCAACCUUUUCUCGCACAAAAUGCAAGUCAAUUUCAAUGUACUUGGUUUGGUGAUACCGAACAGGAUUGGAGGACAUAUGUAAAGCACUACUAUUAUCGCAAUAAACAGUUGUAGGAGAG